CGAAGCGCUCGAGCGCUACUGACUGAAUUUCCGAGAGCUUCAGAUAACAGAUAAUGUAACCUUUUAUUCAACUUCGGAGUGGUAAAACUUGUUUUUUGUGAAUUUGCUUCAGAACACACCCAACAUGACAGCCAUUCAGUUUCCCUCAAAAAGAAAGUUGCCUCAGCCUCGCAAUUAUAAAGUUGUUCUUCAGGAGGACGAGCCAAGGAAGGUGACUCCAUCUGUUUACACCCAGGAGAUGUUGCAGUCUACAGAGGAGCGUUUGGCUAACACCAAGGAGGUGCACCCGCCCCGCAUCCUGGAACUGCUCGACAUGAGCGUGACUACGCAUCACAAAUCAUCCUUGGUGGAUAUGGAUCAGCCGCUUUUACAGCCCUACCCAUCUGAGCUGGUAUUUCAGAACUUCAUUCCACCAGAGACCUACAAGUUGCGUCUACUUCUCUUCAACAAUGACAAGGUUCCACGACAAGUGAAGCUGGAACUGCAGGACUCAGAGUAUUUCAGUGUGGACAGCCCAAAGGGUGCAGGUAGCAAGGUUGCACCAGGAAUGUCUGCUACUUUCACUGUCUGCUUCACCCCGCAGGAGAAAAAGGACUACCACCACAGACUGAUUUUUGUGACAGAGAGAGAACGGUUUGAGGUCCCGAUCCGUGCCAUCGGUCCGCGUGCCGUUCUUGACUUUCGUGAUGAGUUCCAUAUACCCGCCUGUCCGGUGAAAGCCUCCACAGAGAAGACUCACCUAGUCCGCAACGUAGGAAACAGCAAGGCCAAGUUCACGCUUCACACACAGAGGCCUUUCUCAGUGACUCCCUCCUCUGGGACUCUUGGUGUAGGCGAGAGCAUGCAGGUGACUGUGAAUUUCAACCCCAUGACCAUAGGAGACCAUAGCCAGGACCUGCUUCUGCACUACCACACUGGUGAAGAUGUGUACAUCAGCUUGUAUGGUACUUGUGAGGAACUGAAUGUCUAUCUUGAGCCUGAUCCUGUCCUGUUGAAGAAGACUUACAUUUCCCUAGCCACCGCACAUACAGUGUCACUCACCAACACGAGUGAUAUCACUCUCCAGUACUGUUGGACGACGUGGCCCAGCCUGAAAGAGGAGGCCCUGAGCUUAUUGAGGGAGAGCUCAGUGUUCCAGCAAGAGGAGAAGGAGCAGUUGCGUUUUCAAUGUGAGUCCAACCCGACAGCGAUCCAUAGCCACCCGCUGCUGUCCAGAGCCCUGCAGGAACGCAGAAGACAGGCUGUGAAGGACCACAUCCUGGCCCUCUCACACAGCUGCAUAACUGUGGAACCAGCGGAGGGUGAAAUAUGGCCCAACACCACAGCACAGUUCAUCAUUGUCUUCAAGCCUGAGGAGGCCAAACUGUACCAGCAAACCAUACAUUGUGAUGUCACAGGCCGUGAAUCUCAUUUACCUCUCACAAUAAAGGGUGAGGGCAUGGGACCUAAGCUCCAGCUCAAUACUAACUUGAUGAACAUGAAAGAGGUAUUCAUUGGUGACAAAGACUGCUUUGAGGUGCAGCUGUCCAACAAAGGGCUGAUUGAUGCCCCUUUCACACUGUCAAGCCCUAACACCGCUUUCGGACGUUGUUUCUCCUUCAGUCCCGAGGAAGGUGUUGUUCCCCCCGGGGCCUGCCAGAUUGUGGAAGUCACCUUCCACAGUCGCAUCUUAGGAACUUUCUCUGAGGACUUGCUGCUGACUGUCACAGGACAGCCUGAACCCCUUACCUUGACCUUCAGGGGUUGUGUCAUUGGUCCCACAUUCCACUUCAAUGUUUCAGAGUUCAAUUUUGGAGAUGUAGCCUUUGGUUUCCCAGCAACAUUGAUUUGUUCCCUCUUCAACACCUCCUACGUGCCUAUGACCUUUGCCCUGCGUGUCCUGGGAGACGGGUUAGGGUCUCCGAGUAUGACUUGUACACAGGUGUCUGACUUUUCCAGGAACACUUGGCAAGACAGUGCUACUAGAGACCUUCAUGCACGGCCUGCUGAGUUCACUAUCAGCCCUGCUGCGGGCACUGUGCGUUCCAUGUGCGAUGUCCCUAUAAAGGUGACGCUGUGCUCCAACACGGUCAAGAGAUACAGGCUGGGGCUGGUGGUGGAUGUUGAGGGUGUCGGGGAGGAGAUCAUGACUCUGCCUAUCAAUGCCAGGUGUGUUGUUCCUGAUAUUGCGCUGGAGACUCCAGUGUUGGACUUUAAAAGGUGUUUCCUCAAUAACCCAUAUGAACAGAAAGUGCGGUUGAUCAACUCCAGCUCUCUGCCUGCCUUCUACGGCUUGCUUGACCAGGAACAUGAGGAGAGUCCAUCACUACGCUGUGGUAGUUCCAUACCCAGAGGAGUGAUACUUCCUCGCAGUUCAGAGGAGCUCCCUGUGUGUCUGCUUGCUAAGGCUGUUGGAAGGCUGAAUCACACUUUACGCAUUGCUGUGUUUGGCAGUGUUAAGCCGCCUUUGGAGGUGGUCUUGUCAUGUAUUGGCCAGGGACCAAUAGUUCAUGUCCAGAGCCCACAGAUGGACUUUGGCAAAAUCUGGGUUCUGACAGACAGUACUAAAACCCUGCACCUGUCAAACCAGUCACCUGUUACAGCCUACUUUACCACUCGCAUGAGCCACAGAAAAUCCUUUUUCCGUGUUGAGCCCAGUGAGGGUGAAGUGCCACCAGAGAGCCAGAUGGAGCUUAGGGUAGUGGCACACCUGAACGACACGCUUCACUUCCAGGACAGCCUGGAAGUAUCCAUCCAGGACAGUCAAACACACACUGUCCCUGUGUCUGCCACAGGCACUGGUACCACAAUUGUCAGUGACAAGCCUUUUGCUCCCAGCCUUGAGCUUGGCACAUACUUCAGCCAUGGGUCGUGCCAGUACCACUUCAAGCUGACCAACCAUGGCCAGCGAGUACACCGGUUGUACUGGAAGACUGAUGGCUUCCUGCCCUCCACAAAAACCAGCAAGGGGAGAAAUUUACCUGGCAGAACCAUCCUGCCCCCCAUCUCUGCUCCCGGGAAGAAGGAGAUUCUGGGCCGGGGAUCUUUGCUCUCCUCUAGCAGAGAGAAGCCGGUGUUCAGCCUCAACCCUUCUCGUGUGGAGCUUUUCCCAGGCUCUUCCGUUGACAUGGUGCUGCAGGGAUCUUCAGACUCCCCCAAGGUUGUUGGGGAGAGUCUGGUGUGCCAUGCCAUUGUGGGUCGCCAAGGCUGUUAUGAACACAUCAUGUCUGUAGAUGUUACCUGUCGCUUUGUGGAUCCUGUGCUCAGCAUUUCCUCCAAGCAGCUGAACUUCCACAUAGAGAAGGUCCCAGGAAAGAUUUUAAAGCCCCUAUAUGAGAAGCUAAUCUUGACGAAUGUGUCAUCACUGUCUCUGUCCAUGGAGCUCUCUCUUAUAGAGCCGUUCUCUCUGUGUGAGGCCCCCGGAACCCAUAGCUCAGCUACUACUAAGUCCAUGAUUUUAGGUGAUGGAAGGAAGGCUGAGUUGUGGGUAUGCUUUAAUCCAGCUUACUGUCAGGAUCAGGUGUCACGAGUUGUGGAUGAGUUCCUUGAGGUCCACUACCAUGGACAUCCACAGCAAGACAUGGUGAAGCUGCAUGCUGAGGUCCACUUCCCCAACCUGCACUUCUCCUCCACCACAGUAGAUUUUAGCUGUGUGCUCAACUGCACAGAGACUCGUAGACAAAUCUUGAUUACCAACGGCUCCCUGCUGCCUGUGUCCUACCACUGGGUUUUCCUAGAGGACCAGAGCCACUCUACCAUCAGAGAGACAAAGAUGCUUAAGGCGGAGGAAGAGCCGAGAAAUCCUGAAAAUGAGACUGAAGAAGGGUUGAGUUCCUCUAGACCGGCGUCUCCUUCCUUUUUAUUUCCUGUCAGUGCCACAGCUGGUGCAGAUGAAGAGAGUAGCACGCAGAGCCAUGUGGGAGUAGAACAGGUGUUUGAUAUCUUGCCGAUUUACGGUCAUCUGCAACCUGGGGACCAGCAGCAGGUCACAUUCUCUUUUUACGGGCAUGAAAAUGUCAGCAGAGAGGUGGUGGCUCAGUGCCUUGUAGAGGAGGGGCCUACAUACGAAAUCAAACUCAGAGGAGAAGCGUCAGUCCUCAGCUACAGCCUUGACUCAACCCAUAUCGACUUUGGUCUGCAGCUGUUUGAUCAUGAAGGGGAAGCUGAGGUGACACUGAGAAAUACAGGCAAGUUGGGCUUCAAGUUUUUCUUCAUGGACCCUCAGCAGGAGGAUGAAGAGUCAGAGGCAUGGCAGCAAGUACCCAAAGUCAGACCUGGCCAGCCUGUGGUUAUCCCCACCAUGGGUUACAUUGAUGCUGGUGCGGAGCAAUGUCUCCGUGUGAUCUACCUCCCAGGCAUCCCAGGGGUGUUUGAGAAGAAACUGCAACUGCAGUUGGCUUUCCUGCCACCGCAGGACAUCACUCUAACUGGAGAGGGAGUGUUCCCAAGGAUCCGCCUGAACUUGCCACAAACCCUAUCGGAGGAGUGCUACAGUGAUGUGGUGCAGAAGGCAAAAACAGCUGUAGAGGCAGACAGAGUAAGAAUGGAGUUCAUGACUGGAUUUACCACUGGUGGAGGAGCAACAACAGAAGCCAACCACACGCUCACCUAUGAAGAACUGCUUCACAUGGAGAUAGAGAACAUUUUGGUCAAAGAGAAUGCGCUGGCUCUGACCGGCAGCCUGCUGGAGCUCAGUGACUCGCAAGGUUCCUUCAGAAAGUGGCACAAACUUAGCAAGUUCCUGCUCCCAGAGUAUGUUUUGGAUUUUGGUGAUGUUAUUCCAGGCAAAGUCCUCAGUCACACUGUAAAUGUCACCAAUACUGGGUCAGUGGCUGUGUCCUUCCAUGCCAAUUGCAAACCUCUAGCUGGAACAGGAUUCGGUGCAGAAUUUGAAAGAGUCAAAAACCUGCCAUGUGGUGAGAUGCAGACUUUCACAGUUAAAUUUGAUCCCCAAGGAGCCAACCUGAAGAAGGGGGGCAUAGGUGUUGUCAUGCCAAUACAGGUCACAGGUGGCCCAAUGAUCCAGGUGCGGCUGUGUGCAGUGGUGACUUUGCCGGCCAUCACUGUUUCCACGGAUACACUGCAGUUUGACACUGUGCAGUGUAGUAUGUGUCAGAUAAGGACAAUACAGCUGUCGAAUCACGAGUCUGUGCCCUGCCACUGGAGCUUAGCUGGAGAGGUGAAGCCUGUUAUAAAGGUAGAUAAGUUCCUGCCUCUCUACCAGCGUAAAAAGGUCUUGCAAGAGCAGCAACCACAUCCAGUGGUGUUUGAGAUGAUUCCCAGCUCUGGCAUGCUGUCCCCUGGUGAACUAGUCAAUGUCCAGAUAAAGUUCAGCCCUGCUGAAGGGCAUGCUUAUAGCAGGCAGCUCGUGGUGUGUGUUGCUGAGAGCACCCAGCAGGUGUUCAUCACAGCCCAGGGACAGGGUGAAGAGCCACAACUCAAGUUCUGCCCAUCUGUUCUGGAGCUGGGGCCUUGCCUGCCCCUCAGCACUGAGGUUGAAGCUGAGGUCACCGUCAAAAACCCCUGUUCUUUCCCCAUUGAGUUCUACUCCCUGGAGUUGGACACACAGUAUCUCGAGGAAGAAAAGAUCCUGCGUCUGAUGCAGGGUUAUGAUGAGAACAACAUAUUACUGCUGCCUCCCAGGGCCCCUGGAGAAAGUCUUCCAGAAGAACUACUUGAUCACUACAAGGAGUACUGCUCCCAGCUGGAAGAUGAUGCAGAGCUGAAGGCAGGUUUGGAUGAAGAAGAAGGUGGGACAGGUGAGACACAAGGGGAAGAAAAGAGGCAAAACGAUGCCAACCAACCAGGCAGCCAAGAGGAAGAAAUACAGACUAUAAGUGUGAAACCAGCUGAAUUAUACGUUUCGGAGAUGACAAAAGAGGGUAGCAGUCGGAGACUGGGGCAGCUAGAGAUGACCCCCGUCUCCAGGGCAAUUGCUCGCCACAUGUGUGUUGACCUGUCACCAGAGGGUCUGGCUGCACGCAACCGAAGAGGCAUUGCUAUUAUUGUAUAUGGAGCCCCACUGACAGGUACGAGCAGCACAGCGGCUGCUCUGGCGCAUCACUACAGAGGGGCGUGCUUCAAUGUUGAUGCUGUGGUUACAGAUGUGCUGAAAAAUGGCACUUCGCCUGUUAGCCUGACUGCAAGACAACUCUAUGACUGUGCUGCUGCGCAAUAUGCUGAGAAGAAUGCUGAGGAGGCUGCUCAGGUCAUUGAAAAAACCACAGAACCAGGACCUGUGUCAGAUAUUGAAUCCUCAGAUCCAGCUCCAAAAUCAGCUCCAGCCUUACACAAUACUGUGGAAGUUCUUGCAAAACACAGCGAGGACAACUGCAGAAGAAAUGACUCAAAGCCUCCUCAGGAGGCAGAAAACACACAUUUUGCACUUUGCCUGGGAGGAGAUGUGACCACACUCUGCAAUAUCUUGCCUGAACAACUACUGGUUGAUAUCCUGGCAGAAAGAUUUCAGCUAAGCGAUUGUCACUAUGGCAUAGUGGUUGGCGGGCUGGAGUCUGUGUACACUCAAUCAGCGGCAAAAACACUGCAAGUUGUUCUCAAGGCCCUUAAUAACCGCAAACACAUCUAUGUAGUCAACUUGUCUGACUCCUACACUGCCCUGAAGGCACGGGAGAGAGCACAGAGAGAAGCUGAGGAGGCUCUGCAGAAAGAGAAAGCUGACAGGGAGGAGAAGUGGCUGCAGGAGCUGGAUGAGGAGGAGUAUGACGCUCUGCCAGAAGAGGAGAAAGAGCGUAUUGUCCAGCGACAUAGAGACAAGCUCAGACAGCGGAAACUCAGGGAGCAUGCUCGGCUAGUGAAAGAGCAGGAAGAAAAAAGACAACAGGAGGAGAUGAAGAGGUUAAAAGAAGAGGAGUUGAAGAAGAAGAGUAAAAAGGGUGGAAAGACGGAUACUAAAGAAGUCUCAAGGAAGAAGAGCUGGCUGGACGGAAAGCAGUCAACAGAUGCAUUGAAUGGGAGGAGGAUGUCUUCCUGUAACAACUCCAAAGAAUCACUAGUGGAUGCAAAAGAGCAACAUAAUUUAAAUGAAGUACAUCAUAACAAAGAGGCUGAAAAUGUGCAAAAGCAGACAGAAGAACCCACAGCAUUACAUGCAGAGUCUCCUCAAUCCACAGACAAGUUGGAAGGAGAAAAGUCCAAUCUAGAUGAGCUGCAUUCUCAGUUUAUUGCAUAUGAGCAGAGCCAGGAACAGGUGGAACACAUCCUGCAGCACUGGGACCGAGCACUGGGCUUGUUGCUGGUUCCAUUCCCCAAUGAGGAAACCUUGUCAGAGGAGGCCAUAACAGGGAAACAUACCCCUGUUGGCAAAAGGGGCAAGAAAGCCAGCAAGACACUGUCUCCAAUGACCAGUCAGAUGGCAGCACCAGCUGAAGCAGGCAAGGCAGGAGACAAGGUGUCUCCACAGGACAUCAUCCCUCACAUUGCGCUGAAUGUAACAGGGAAAGACUCAUAUGCCACAGAGCUGCUAAAAGGCAGCACCUUGCCUCCACUGGACGAGUUGUUGGAUGAUUUGGGUUUGGGACCCAGUGGCCCACCCAUCCCUCCUCCAACCACCUUCUCCAUGGUUCCUUUCCCCCAAAACAGGGAGCAAUCUAGCCGGGAAUUCAUCUGUAACUGUUUCACCUUCCUGGUUCCCAUGGGACUUGACAAACAGGGUGAGGAGAAAAAAGAUGCAGAGGACGAUGUACCAACAUCAGUUGUAAAGGAAGAAGCAGCAACACCUUCCAAAAGUCGCAGCAAGGGCAGCAUUAAGGAGAGUGCAGUAACAAAGGACAAGGAUAAAAGGGGCAGAGAGAGUCAGAAGAGCAAGAGACGAACACUGUUACACGUGUCCUCCACAUCUGACUGCAACGAACCAACACAACAAGACCAACACCAAGGAACCUUAGAGCAGAAACGCAACCAAAGCCUGACAACAUAUCGCUGGGUCGUACCAGCCAAAGGUGAGGUGGUUCUGAAGAUCUGGUUCUACUCAGACUCGCCAGGGAAGUUUGAACAGACAUAUAACUUUGAGCUCCUGGGGACCCAGAGACACUACCAGCUCCUCUGUAGAGGAAUUUGCACCUAUGCCUCUAUCUGCAAAGACUACAAGACUAUUUUUGCCCUCAGUAAGAAGGUGCCACAAAUGGAAGAGGAGCUCCAGAAGACUUACGUAAUCAAACCUGGAUACUUUGAGUUUGGACCAUUACUCUGUGGCAAGACCAGGGAUAGAUACAAGGAAAAUAGGUACCCAGAGAACACAGAGAGACUGGUGAUUCAUAACAAUUCAGGUCUGAAGGCUGAGGUCCAGUUCCACUUCCAGCAUGAUACCCAAGCAACCACAUAUCUGCUGGACCCCCCAGCCAUGACUCUCAACCCUAACCAGAAACAGGAGUUGACAGUGUGGGCCUACCCAACAAAACUUGGACAAAUGAAGGACAGUGUUGUUUGCAAUAUCAAGGACAAUCCAGAGCUUGUCAUCAUCAACCUCUCCUGCUGGGGCGUUCGGCCAGAGCUGGAGCUUGAAAGCAAGCAUUUGCACUUUGACAGGAUUUUGCUGCACAGGAGGGACACCCGUAGUGUGAUGCUGCAUAAUAAAACAGCUCUUCCGGUAUCCUGGAGACUGCAGGGUGUGGAGGAGUUGGGUGAUGAGUUCAGUGUGCCACAGGAUCAGGGCAUUAUCUCACCUAACUCCUCUUUCCCCCUGAGCUUGCACUUCAGAGCCAGGAAGCCACUCCACAUAAAGAAGAUCUUACGUUUGGAGGUAUCCGAUGUGGAGAAGAUUCUAGGAAUCGUACACACCGAAAACAUUCAGGUCACUGCUGAAGCCUAUGAUAUAGCUCUGGACAUCUCACCAGAUUGCACUCUGGACUUUGGAAUCAUCAAAGUCUUUGAAGAAGCCAAACUGUGUCUCAGAAUGAAAAACCAAGGAAAAUAUGAAAUAGCCUACAAGUUUACAGUUCAACAGAGCAACCCACCCCUGCCAAACUUAGACUCCAUUUUCACGGUGUCCCCCAAGAGUGGCACUCUAAUGCCACACGAGAAGCCCACAACAGUGCAGAUCCUCUGCAGAACCAAUACAGAAGUCUUAAUCAGAGAGGAAACUCUCUUGUCAUGCCAGGUGAUUGAACCCAACAUUGGAAAUGGAGGAGAAACCAUCGCCGUCUUAACCAUUAAGGUCUCGGUCAACUCCGUCUUCUCCAGGUAUAAGAUCACACCUGCAUGUGACAUCAACUUUGGUCCACUGGCCUAUGGCGCCAAGAAAAGACAGAUCUUCACUAUUGACAACAAUGGAAUCUUUGAAACCUAUUUCACCAUCUGCCGCACCAUUAUGGACCCUGCUCCAUUGGGACCAGGGUGUCCGGGCAAGAAGAUACCUCAAGAGGUCCAAUCAGUGAAGCCCACUGGUACCAGUAGCAAAGUGAGACACGAUUCCUUCCACAAAGACACAAGUAUUCCACAGAAUCAUCGCAUCACCAUGGGGGUCUUCUCAGUGUCUCCUUGCACAGGAAGCCUGCAGCCAGGAUCUCAGCAGGUGGUGACAGUGGAAUGUGUAGCUGAAGAGCUGGGCAACUGGAACCAGGGUUUGCUCAUUGACAUCAGUGACCGUGACCCCUCAGACCAGCCUAACGGUAUACCAUACGGACUUCUAGCUGAAGUCUGCAAGCCAGGCAUAGCAUCAGACAUGGCCUCCAUCUUUGAGGAACACCAUCUGUGUCACAACAGCAGUCAGCUCUCCUCGGAGCAGUUUUGCAAUGCUGAAGGCAUUUACGUCCAGGAUGAGAACAAAUUUAUUUUCAGCAAAGUCCUGGUCUGGCGAACCGCUCAAGCCCGCUUCAAACUCACCAACAACAGCAAGGUGCCCUGCGUGCUCAGCUUGGCCAUCAAAUAUGUUGGUGCUAAGACAUCCCGGAACAUGGAGGUUUUUGAUUUGUCUGCUACAACACUGAGCAUUCCUAGCCAGUCAUACUCGUUUGCUGUGGUCACAUUCACACCCCAGACGAUGCAGCUCUAUAGUGCUGUAUUUGAGGCCACAAUGGAGGGAAGCAGCAGAUCCAGAAUGACACCCACAUUAAAGUCUAAGGUGCUGGAGUUUGAGCUAAUAGGAGAGGGCACUCUGCCAAGUGUGUGUGUGGUGCGUCCAGCUCUAAAGAACAGGGGAGGAAGCCCAAUGCUGCAGUUCAGACGGGUAUUGGUAGGGCGCAGACACACCCUGACCUUGGUGCUGCUAAAUGAUGGAAAUGUUCCAGCUCAGGUCCAGAUUGACAUGCUGGAUAAACAUGGAGUUUUCAUCCUCAAAGCUGCUCCUGGCAACACUUGCAGCUCCAUCCACUCCACACAGCUUGAGGGCGCCACUGAUUCAGGGCAUCAGUGGGUACACAGAGCCAUCCUGAGACUGAAUGUGAACGAGCAAGUGGAGUUUGAGGUCAGUUUUUGCUCUGAUAAGCCUCUGACUGCCAAGGCCAAGAUGUCACUGCAGGUGGAGGACAACCAGUACAGCAAUACCAUAAUACAAGUGACUGGAGAAGCUUACCAGGAAAUCGUAUCUCUUGACAACAUCAGCAGGUCAUCGCAGGAAAUAGAUCAGGAAGAUGAUGAGGGAGGUAAUUAUGAGUUGCUGAAUUUUGGUGACUGCCAUGUAGAUUGUCCCUACCAAGAGAGUUUCACCAUGAUCAAUCACAGCAGCAGCCAGGUGGUGAAGUUUGAGUGGCCUCCUGCUGGAACCCAUGUGUACUUUUCACCACAGGUGGGACACCUUCAUGCUGGCUGUUCUAAGGAAGUUACUGUCACCUUUUGCUCCAAUCAGCCAGUGACUCUGACCAGAGUGCCAAUGAUAUGCAAGGUCUGUCAGGUGGAGUUCCAGCAGCCACUAGAGCAGGUGGCUGACUGGGACGACCGACAGAGGACGGUGCAGUGGCUGAGUCUUUCCACGCAGGCUUCAGGAGCACCACAGCAGCCUGGGAACAAUAAGGUGGUAAAGACAGAUCCUGAGCCCAGCUGCUCCGUGGUAGAGGGCUCCGAGUGGGACUUGGAAUUGCGUAUCAGUGCAGUUUGUGACUAUGUGAAGUUCAGCUGCAACACAGACACCAUACACUUCAAAGACACCAUGCUUUACCAAACCAGGCUCCACCAACUGCAGAUAGAGAAUCAUGGUGCUGUCAAGCUGGAAUUCUCCCUACAAGUCAUCAUGGAUCCUAGCAAGAACAUUGUCAACCAUGACCAAGGAGAUGGGACCCUUACCUCUCGACCAGGCAGCAGGUCAGGAGGAGUGUUAACUGGAGCCCGUCCUGCCAGCGCUCUGGCCAGCGUGAUGUCUCUUCUAAUGGGAAAUCCUGAGCUCCCGUCCUUCAGCAUUGAGCCCAGUAUAGGAGCCAUAGAGCCUGGUGCAAUGCAGAAUUUCAGCAUUCGCUUUUCACCAUUGGAGGUGGCCCAGUUUGAGGGCAGGCUAUUCUGCAGUAUCCCCAACUUGCAGGAUGGGGAUCAGGCUCCCUGUAUCUUGGUGUGUGGCCGCAGCCUGUUGCCCUACUGCCACUUUGACCUGGAUGACUCAGAUUAUAUCAGUAGGAUCCGCUCUAACCCUGAAUUCACAAGCCAUCUGGACCCCAACACCAGGGUCAUAGAAUUCAGUGCUGUUGGAUUUUCUGUGCCCUCGACAAGAUGUUUUAGUGUGUGGAACCCAACCAGUAAACCAUACUCAUUCAAGUGGAGGUGUGAAGACACAGGUGGCAGCCCAUUCUGCUGCCUCACCCCAUGUGGUACCAUCCAGCCUGGGAAGAAAGUGGAAGUGUGUUUUGAAUAUGCAGCUGAGCAGCUAGAUGCAGUGGAGUCAUUCUGGAGCUUUGUGAUUGAGACUCUGUCACUGUCUGUCCCCUUCCUGUGUGUGGGCACUACUAGAGAACCACUUGUGUAUCUUGACAGACCACACCUUGACUUUGGAGAACUCCUUGUUGGUCGCAAAGUGGAACAGACAGUCGAUCUGGUAAAUGGAGAGGAGGAGCCCUUCAACUUCUCUGUCAUGCAGUCAUCUCUUCUCUGUAAUGACCAGCAGUCCAGCCUCAUUUUACAGCCCACAACUGGCACAGUUUCACCCAAAAACAGGUUGCCAUUGUCAGUGUCCUUCACACCUUGCCUCGAUGGCUACAAGAGCUUCAGAUUGGUUCUGAGAGUAAAGAGGAAGUCAGAACCGCUUGCACUCACAGUUAAGGCCAAUUGUUUCACCAUGAGUGCUUCUGUUCAAGUUGAGAAGCCAGGUGGAGGCCUCAGAGAAAUCAACCCCAACCACCAAGAAACUCUGGACUUUGAAAAGGUGGAGAUUACAGAGCAAUCCACCUUUAAUUUCCUGGUGUCCAAUCUGGCAAGAUGCAGCCUGGAAGUGAACUUUGAACUAACAGGUCCCAGCAAGCUGCUGCAACACUUGGAAGCAAAACCACAGAAUGCUACUGUUGACUUUGGGAAGCAGCUGCAAUUGUCACUCCUCUUUUGUCCCCAGAACAUUUGUAACCUGCAGGAUGUCAGACUGAAUAUCAAGGUACAGCAUGGGGCCACAUUUACCUUUGCAAUUAAAGGCAGGGCUGUGGCACCUAGCAUUGAAUUCUCCUUCACCAAGUACAACUUUGGCAAGUGCUUCCUGUACUGUCCUGGCAUGGAGCCGGCCUCACAGACUCUAAUGAUCAGCAACAAAGGCGAAAAGGACAUCAGUGUCCAGUGCCAGUUCAGGAACACCUCUUACCUAGAGAUGGACUUCCAACCAGAUAUAUUGUCUCCUGGUGCUGUGAUGGAAGUACCAGUCAUCUUCUGUCCUCGUGACGCAUGCCGUUACCAUGAAAAACUCACCUUUAUCUUCAACAACUCGGUCAAGAAACAGGUGGACAUACUUGGGCAAGGCAUCGAGAGAAAGCUGGAGGUGGAAGAUCCCAGGCGGAGGAAAGUGAAACUGGGUUCUCUGAUGUUGGGUCAGAAGGUAAAAAAACAAGUGACUCUGGUCAACCGUAGCCCUUUAGACCUGUCCUUUACUCUGCUGCUUAACACCAACACACCGCUGGACCAAAAGGAUCUGUCAUUCAGACCAGCAGGUGAGCUGAACCUGAAAGCCAGUGGUGGCUCAUGUAAUGUUGAGAUCCAUUUUUCACCUCGUCAGCACAUGCCUCCCUUCACUGCUGAGCUGCAGGCGGAGUUUGCAGGCCUGCUACACCCCCUGCUGACCAUCCAAGGCUGCUGCCAGGGUGUGGAGGUCCAGCUGGACCAGGACUACUUAUCCUUUGGAGUUGUUGUCCAGCGCUGCCAGGCCAGGAAGAAGAUUGUUAUGAUGAACUCUGGGGAUAUUGGUGCCAGGUUCCAGUGGAAAACAGAGAAUUUUCCUCCAGAGUUGUCCAUCGCACCAACUAAAGGCUAUAUCUGUCCAGGCAUGGAGGUUCCCUUUGAAGUGACUUUUGCCCCUGUAGAACUGAGUAAUGACACAAGAUAUGAAAACCUGUCUUGUUGUGUGGAGGGCUCCUCCUCAUGUGUUACCCUCACCGUGACAGGCUCCUGCAUCGUAGCCUCCACCAGCAAAGAGGUAGUACAUUUUGUUUGCCCAGUACGUGGCUCUCACACCCAAACCCUGCCCGUGUGCAACCCCACAAAUGAGCAUUGCAGCAUUAGACCUGUCAUAGAAGGCGACCAGUGGAGCGCGGCACUAUCUGUGAGCCUUGAACCCCUCCAACACAAGACCUACGAGAUCACCUACCGACCACUGACCAUGACUGCUGAAGAAAAGAAACAUGUGGGAUCAGUCUUUUUCUCCUUCCCUGAUGGGACAGGCAUGCUGUACUCCCUACAGGGAACUGCUGAGCCUCCCAAAGCAGAGGACACCAUUGUGAACGAACUGCCUGCCAAGACUCACCACACACAGUUGCUCCCUGUGCACAACUGGCUCUCCAAGCAACAGCGGUUCCAUGUGCUGAUAGAGAUCCUGAAACCUGACAAGACAGAUGCUACAGUGUCCGUCAAGGGUCUAGAAUAUAUUGAUGUCCCUGCUUUGGCCAAGAGAGACUACAAGAUGUCUUUCUUUACAUACAGAGAGGGGCAGUACAACACCAAGGUGACGUUUCGUAAUGUGGUCUCCGAUGAAUACUUGUUCUACCUUGUUACCUUCAAAGCCACAUCCCCAGGAGCACUAACCACCAUAGAUAUGGUGACCGCUGUUCGCCGGAAGACCACAAGCACCGUAGAGGUGGAGAACCCCCUGACCACAGCUGCAUGCCUCACCAUUGAGUGUAAAUGCUCCGAAAUCAGUGUGCCACCUCAGCACACUGUGCCAGAACAGUCCAAGGGUUCUCUGAGCUUUGAGUACCAGCCCCUACAUGCAGGCGAGUCUACAGCCCGGUUGACUCUGUAUAGUAGUGAUUUGGGCCACUUCCACCACGAUCUCCUUCUCAAAGCUCUGCCCCCAGCACCAGAGAAAACCGUUUACUUCAGCACGUGUUUGGGCAGCAACCACUCCACUCUUGUCAAAUUCAUCAACUACUCCCACCUCAGAACCGAGUACUUAUGCAAGAUUGAUUGCCCAGAUUUCACUGUGGACAAGCGUGUCUGUGCUUCUCCGGGUUUCCAGGCAGGGUCAGAGGCCAGCGUGGAAGUUUGUUUUGAACCUCAUCAGCUAGGGGAAGUGAGAAGCCAGCUCAACCUGUUCUCAGCAGCCGGUGGUGAAUACAUCUUUCCCUUACAUGGGAUUUGCCUCUCUCCCAAAGCCCAGGGCCCGUUUAGCAUCAGGGCUGGUCGCAACAUCAGUAUCCCCUUCAAAAAUGUCUUCCUGCAGACCACCGCUUUCUCUUUUCAGGUGGACAACUCCUGUUUCACUGUAAAAGGGGUGGACUCCAUUAUCUCCAAAAAGACCCAAAACAUCCUGAUAUCCUUUGAGGUCCCUCCAGGAGGCUCUCCGGGGCCGUGGUUUGGCAAGCUGAUCAUCUCCAGCCAGCGCUCUGAGGGCCACAGAAAACCUUGUUCUUGGGUCUAUUACCUGAAGGGCUACCGCCCAGAGUCAUCUUAGGGAGAGAUAUGGUACACAGACACACACUUUUACAUACAUGCAAUUGGCUGUGUACACACAAAGGAACAUACUCUAGAUGCCAAAAUAAGAGUAGACAAAUUAUUUAAUGCCUGAUCUCCAUGUUAAUACUAAAAUAAAAGCCAUAUAGGCAUACAUUGCCCUGUGUGUAUUUAUUAAUGUGGUUUCAUUAAAAAUUUAAUUUUUUACAAAUGUGUUCAUAAAUAUUUUGAUAAAGUGAAUAAAUCCUGCAGAGAAAAUCUU